AUCUACAUCUCUGAUUUUGGAAUGAAUUGUUUAGGAUUCUAUCCUCCAAGCUUCUCAACAAGGAUUGUCAAUUCCAUUCAAAAAAAAAACAAGGAUUGUCAAUGAGAUAGGAAUGGACAACAAAUCCGAUGCGUGGAUGAAGAGAAAAAUGGGAGAAAGGAGAAACGAGAAAACGAAGAGGACAAAAGCAGAAUUGCCAUCCAUUAAACCCAAGGCCAAUCUUCAGGUCACUCGUCUCAAAGGAAACGAUCUCUUUACUGUGCAAAAUUACUUGACUUCUGCUGAAGCGAGAGCAUUCAUUGAAGCAGCAGAGUCGAUUGGGUUUGUUCACCAAGGGAGCCUUGGCCCAAGAAAUGGUGAAGCCUAUAGAGAUAAUGAUCGUAUCUCUAUGAAUGAUCCCAAUCUCGCUGAUGCAUUAUGGGAAUCGGGACUUAACAAGCUCUUUUCUGACAUUAAGAUUCGUGGCAAAGUUGCUGUGAGAUUAAACCCAAACAUUAGGUUUUACAGGUAUAAGAUGGGCCAACGUUUUGGACGGCAUAUUGAUGAAAGCGUUGAUCUUGGUGAAGGUCAAGUUACACACUAUACGUUGUUAGUAUAUCUAAGUGGGGGAGGUUUCAAUUCCAAAACUAAGGUUGAUAGGAAUGCUCUAGAUUCUCUGGCAUCGCCCCUUGUUGGAGGAGAAACUGUAUUUUAUGGUCCCAGAAAUUCUUUGGUGGCUGAGGUUCCUCCUUCUGAAGGAAUGGCUCUCUUUCACAUUCAUGGGGAGAAAUGUAUGCUGCAUGAAGCACGGAAUGUCACUAAGGGUGUGAAAUAUGUUCUGCGGUCGGAUGUCGUAUUUGCUUGAUCUUAUCGGGGAUUUGAUCAAGUUGAAACGAGCGAGCUUCUAUGUUUAUAUGGAAGUGGUUAUGAUGAAGGUUGGAUGGCUUUAUGAUUGAAGUAUGACUUCAUGAUGACUUUAUAAUGAUGAUAUUGUGGUUUCAGGAUGGCAGUACACGUCGUACUUAGUUAAUCAGUCUUAGAAGCCGACACCGUGCAACGGAAACAGUCACCAGAAGUUGCGAAUGCCACCGGAGAUUGACGAUGGCCGCUUGAGGCAGUUACAAGUUGAUUUAUUUUCAAUAUGAUAUAAUAGACACGGAGUAGUAUUUAAUUGUACUGAGCUCUAGUAAAGUUAUUUUGGUUUAUACAUACAUAUUUUCCUAGUAUUUUUGCAACUAAACGUUUACAACUUCCUCUGAAUGAGAUUUUAUUGCCAAUUAUUGUGUUUUUUGUUGCAUGUGAAGAAUACAACAAUAACAACAUCAUUUAAGUCUUAAUUUCAAAAGAGUCUGUGAUUGGUUAACAUUAAUUUACAGAUAAAAUUGGAACUAAAGAAGAUCAAAAGUGCUCAAUAGUCCACACACUCUCCUUCAACUUCAUUCUCUUUAAAGUCAUACUCUCGUCCACCUGAAAAAUGAUAUCAUUCUUGAGUGAAUUCAUGUCUGCUUGGAUUGUCCUCUCUCCCUCUCCUCCUCGCCUCUUCUCCCAACAUCUCAAUUCAUUUAACAAGUACAUCACUUGAUUUUAUACGUUCCCAACCACGCAAACAAAACGAAAUCGGUCCCUUACAUUAGAUGGUUCUUCGUGCUCAUUCGCUACUUCCUCCGCACUACUCCAAUCAUUCCUCAGAGACCAUCAGAUAAGAAUGUUGUUCCCCCAAAGCUCCAAUAUUUGAAGAAGGCAAAGCUCGACAUUGAUCUAGUCCCAAUGACAAUAUCAAUUUCCUUGCUGCAACUAACCGACCCAAACGAUGCAUCAGUCUGCCAUUAUCGUCACAUCCACAACAUUAACCUCCUCAUGGCUCAUAUCAACCCCCUGAACCUCCCCAAGAGAAUGCCCCGAGAGACAGUGAGGGUCAAGUGAGAAACUCACUACCACAACAACCAACGCAAUAAGGGCCCCAUGAUGAUCAGAAUGAGAAUUCUUCCGAGAGAACUCAAACUGCUUAGGGCCACCACGAUGCUGAUGAUACUUCCGAUGACUCGUCCAGCUCCGCAAAUCAAAAUGACAAUGCUGACGAGGAGGAUACUGAGAGCGAGGCUAAAAACGAUAACUCCAAAAUAAGUCCAGCUCCGCCAAGAUUA